CAGGUGUUUAACAGUGGAGGUGAUGGAGGCUCCGGGGUCAGAGGCGAAAGGCAUCCCAGCAUCCUCGUUGAUUGGCGAAGUGAUGUCGGCCAUCUUGGAUUGUAGCGGGGAAGAAAGAUUGAUGCGGUGACACGCGGUAUGUUUGGUGCUAACCGGAAGAAGUUUAUGGAGGGAGGGGUAGAGAGCGACUACUCGGACGACUCCAGCCUCUACUACACCCAACAGUCCAUGUUCCCUCCACACCGCCCUGACAAAGACAUGCUGGCGUCUUCCUCUGCUUCCUCAACGGGUCAACUGUCACAGCUCGGAGCCAGUUUAUAUGGCCCGCAGAGUGCGUUGGGGUUUCCCAUGCGUGGGAUGAACAGCAGUGCGGCUCCUCAGUUAAGUCGAAGUGGGUUGAACCAAUCGGGCAGUCAGCUCCCCAGUCACGCCAGUACGCCCAACACUGGAACAAUGCACACGCCUCCCUCGCCGAGCAGGGGGAUUCUGCCCAUGAGCAGCCGCAGCGUGAUGAACCACAGCCAGCAGGUGGGGGGUCCGACGGGUCAGUCGCCAGGGAUGGUGGGAGGAGUUGGAGUAGAGAGGGGAGGGGCCGGAGGAGUCGGGACGGGGAGGAGCAGCAUGGGGAGUCCCAGCAGGUCGUCACCCAGCAUCAUCGGGAUGCCCAAACAGCAGCAAGCACGGCAGCCUUUCACCAUCAACAGUAUGUCAGGCUUUGGAGUGAACAGGAAUCCAGGCUACAACAUGAACAACUCUCUCUCCAACAACAUCUUCAAUGGCACAGACGGCAGUGAAAAUGUGACGGGUUUGGACCUGUCAGAUUUUCCGGCGUUAGCAGACAGAAGUCGGAGGGACGGAGGCUCCAAUCCAACCCCGCUGCUCAACCCGCUGGCCGGUCGGGCUCCCUACGGUGAGAGGAACCUCUUUGGCAUGGUAACCAAGCCGUCCAGUGAGCAGUCGCAGGACUUCUCGAUCCAUAACGAGGAUUUCCCAGCUCUCCCCGGGCCAAACUACCAAACAAAAGACCCCACCAGCACCAACGAGGACAGCAAAACGAAUCUGAACUCAUCAGGAAAGUCCACCUCCAACUCAGACGGUCCAAAGUUUCCGGGCGAUAAGAGCUCCGCACCGAGCAACAACAACCAGCAGAAGAAAGGGAUUCAGGUGCUUCCUGACGGCCGUGUGACCAACAUACCGGUCGGCAUGGUAACGGACCAGUUUGGGAUGAUCGGCUUGCUGACGUUCAUCCGGGCGGCAGAGACGGAUCCUGGCAUGGUGCACCUGGCGCUGGGCUCCGACCUCACCACGCUCGGACUCAACCUCAACUCACCCGAGAAUCUGUAUCCUAAGUUUGCGUCUCCGUGGGCGUCGGCUCCGUGUCGACCGCAGGACAUCGACUUCCACGUCCCCUCAGAGUAUUUAACCAACAUCCACAUAAGGGACAAGUUAGCAGCUAUCAAACUGUCUCGGUAUGGGGAAGAUCUGCUGUUUUAUCUCUACUAUAUGAACGGAGGAGACCUACUACAACUCCUGGCUGCAGUAGAACUGUUUAACAGGGACUGGAGGUACCACAAAGAGGAGCGGGUUUGGAUCACCCGGGCCCCGGGGAUGGAGCCCACGCUGAAGACCAACGCCUACGAGAGAGGGACCUACUACUUCUUCGACUGCCUCAACUGGAGGAAGGUGGCCAAGGAGUUUCAUCUGGAAUACGACAAGCUAGAAGAGCGACCUCACGUUCCCUCCACAUUCAACUACAAUCCUGCCCAGCAGGCCUUCUGAUUGGCUCUACCUCCUCCUGCCUGCCUGCCAUUGGCCCUCCUGGCUCAUCAUCGUCAUCACCACCCCUCUAGGUUUUUCCCCCCCAUCUCCACACAUUCUAAAGUGAAUCUGGCCAAUCAGGACUCGGGAUGGGAGAGGAUGUCCCGCCUCCUCCUCUUUACUGGAUAGACUUUAUGAUUUUAACUUUUCAGAUUUCUGUUUGUUCUUUACCUCAUUAUUUUUUUAUUUUACCCUCCUCCUCCUCCUCCUCCUCCCUCCAUGAGUUUGGUUCAGUUUUGUGCAGCACACACACGCUCACACACGCAGCGACACACACUCUGUAAAUAACUGUCCAUCUGAUCAAGUGAUUCCUCUUUCUAUUCGCUCUGAAGAAUUUGACUAUUUUUGUCUAGAGAAGCUUUUAAAGAAGACCCCGAUUUUAACUCAGAAUUAAAUCACCAGUCCGGAUGGAUAAUUAUUUCACACUCUGUGUCUCACCUCCCACCUCUGGCAGGAAGUAUUCUUCUUCUCUUUAUUUUACCAGGUUUCUUUUCCCAGCGUCAGAACACACAUCAGCAGACAGCCGAGAGUCAGGAGAGGACAUGCAAUGUACAUUGUAGCACUAUUUCAUAAUAAAAGAAGAAAAAUA